GGGAUUAGAGCCAAAAUUUGACUGUGUUACUGCCAGAGUCUGUAUCAGAUUUAAGACACAUGCUUCUGCAAGCUUCCAUGAAGGCUGUGAAAAAAGUUUUAAUACAGAGUUGGAUUACAGCUCUCUAGCUCAAAACAUUGGCCAUUACACUACUAUCUUAAAAGGCUGCUGUAACACGGAGCACAAAAUAGAGCCGAUCUUUUGCAUUUUCUGGACCUCAGAUGGAUUUUGAAUACCUCUUUGUGUCCUGAUGGAAGAUAUAUCAACUUUAUUAACUGGAAUCCAUACCUGAUUACUUGUGAGAUUGUAUGUGUAUGCAUACAGACAUAUAUCCAUUUAAACCCUUAUCAUGAUUUUCUUUCAAGUAUAUCUAAAAGCUACUCUAAGAAAUGACAUUCACUAGACGAAUGUAUAAUUGUUUUGAACAGUGAAGAGCUAGAUACUCUCAUAUGCUGGAAUUCUUUUUGAGUUUAUAACAGAAAUUCUGGAAGCUUUCUUUUUUGAAUUGGUGAUAGAGAAAUGCAUUUCAAAACAGACGCCUCCAGCUGUAUGACAACAACUGCGUAGUAACCUGUGGAUCUUAAACAUCAGAAUGUACAAACUGUGGGCAACUGUGAAUAUUUUCAUGGUGUCUUUUCUACAUCUGCUGCAAGGAUCUGAUUAUGAGAAUGGAUCUGUGAAGAGGACAUCUCUGUCAGCAUUAGAGCGGUCAGAACAGCAGAUCAGGAGAGCAUCCAGCCUGGAGGAGCUGCUUCGAAUCACUCAUUCUGAGGACUGGAAGCUGUGGAAAUGCAGGCUAAAGCUCAAAAACCUGGCCAAUUUAGACUCCCGCUCUGCGUCACAUCGCUCCACCAGAUUUGCUGCUGCUUUCUAUGAUAUUGAUACACUAAAAGUCAUAGAUGAGGAGUGGCAGAAGACUCAAUGUGUGCCACGGGAAACCUGUGUGGAAGUUGCCAAAGAGCUGGGUACAACAACCAACAAAUUCUUCAAGCCUCCCUGUGUGAAUAUAUUCAGAUGUGGAGGCUGCUGCAAUGAGGAGAGUCUGAGUUGCAUGAAUACAAGUACAACUUAUGUGUCAAAAACGCUCUUUGAGAUCUCAGUACCCUUGACAAGUGUUCCAGAGCCCGUGCCAAUCAAAAUUGCCAAUCAUACAGGCUGUAAGUGUAUAUCGAAUACCCAGCGUCAUCAGUAUGCCAUCAUACGAAGAUCUGUCCAGUACCCUGAAGAAGAUGGAUGCCCCUUUGCCAACAAACUUUGCCAUAAUGGAUGGAUAUGGGAUAGUGACAAAUGUGAAUGUGUUGUAGAUGUACAGCACCCUAACAGACGGGAAGGACUCCCUCCUCUUGCUGAGCUGGCUAUGUGUGGACAACAUAUGGAAUUUGAUGAAGAUAACUGUGAAUGUAUCUGUAGACAGAAAUGUCCCACAGACUUCUUUCAAAGCAAGGAGAACUGCAGCUGCUAUUUGUGUAGGGAGAGCCAGGAGAGCUGUGCUCAAAAACACAAGAUAUUUCAUGCCGAAACCUGCAGCUGUGAGGACAAAUGUCCAUCCCAACCCCGGACAUGCCCAACUGCAAAACCAGUGUGUUCCAGGCAUUGUCGUUGUCCAAAGGAGAAGAGAGGUUCUCAUGGGUCCCAAAGCAAAGAAAAUCCUUGACCAAACUUCCUUAUUCUUCAACAAUCCACUGCUUUGCAAAGUAGCUGCCACUGACUUUCAAUCAAUAGUAAACACGGACAUCUUCCACAUUAAUAGCAGAAGAAUGGAUUCAGUCUGCAUUUAUUUAUUAGAGUAAUCACUAACCGCAAUUGGGUCCUCUAGGACAUUGAUUACUAUUCUCUUAAGAGGUAGCAACAACUGAUGAAUUGUUGACUGUCUGGAAGGAUGAGUGGAAAGAGACAACUCCAUGUUGGAUUAUGAAAGGCGAAGCUGCUUUAUUGGUAAUAGAGUCACAGUCACCAUCCAAUCUUUCAGAAUUUAAGACUAAAUAAUCUUAGCCUCUGAAUCCUUAGCUAGAGCAACUCUUGGGUGAAACGUUCUUCAGAAAUUCAGUGUACGGGAUCUGGUUUCUCAUAUGUUCAGCACUGAGUUAUUUGAUCUACUGUCCAGCUUUGAUUAUCAUUUUGAGUUUAUUGUACAACUACUGUCAGAUGUGCCAUAUUUAAAUGUAUAUAAGAAAAUAAAUACAUCAGUUAUUCAA